AUGAGCACGCCGCAAUCUCUGACAGAUACGCUGAUUUUGGCCCUUUCUCAAAGCAAUGAUCUUCAACGUCGCACCCGAGAGACCAUUGAGACCAUUGAACGGCUCAAGCGUGAAAACGAAAAGCUGAAGCGUCAAGUCGAGGAGCUGUCUCGGGCGCGGAAGGACGAACCUCGCGACCUCUCCCCCCAGCUGGAUCACUUGUUUCGGCAGGAUGCGGAGAAACAAGCCGAGAUCGACCAACUGAAAUCCAAACUCCGCUUGAUUCAGGCCAAAGAGAGGAAAUGGCGACUACAGAAUCCCUGUGUCUCUUCACCCAUCGUCUUUUCCAACGAACUCGACGCUACAACGCCGGCAUCUGCGUCCAGAAAACGGCCUCGCAGCAAGACUCCCGACGAACAACGACCACUGCGAGAGAUCUCCGCAAAUGUUGCGGCCCCCAAUCGCCUCCCACGGUCUAAGAGAUUCGGCGACAGAGGAGCCCAUGCCAUCACAUCUAUAGCGGAAGACGGCGAGGACCAUAAUCGAAGCCAAUCCGAUACCUCUACGGAGAACACGCCUCAAAAGGCCAAGGCCAGCUCACCCAAUAAUCGAUUGCAGGCUUUGCUGGCUGCCCCGGCUCCCGUCACCCCAUUGCUUCCACGUCCCACGCCUAGCGCUUCGAUUCAGCGCACGGUUGCUUCGAAAGCAGAGGAGGAAGCUCCGAUACAGCUCCAAAUCCCAGGCGUUGGUAACCUGGCGAGGGAUGGCAGCGCCUCUUUUAGGCGACCUCCUCUUUUGCCGGCCCAACCUUCAGCUCCUGAAGAUGAGGAGCCUUUCCGCUCGAGGCCGGUGAAUCGUCUGAAUCUCUCACAUUUCAAGGUCAACCCGACGUACACUGGAGGCUGCGACUAUGCCUAUGAUGAAGCUAUUCGAGGUCGCGAGGCGCGGAAGUGCCUUGCAGGAUGUACACGACCUGAGUGUUGUGGCAACAAGUUCAAAGCAUUAGCAGCGACUCUUCCCGCCGACACUGAUAUCUCAGAAGAUGAUUUGCUGCUGGAGUUCUUGGGGCCAGGCUCCGAGGAGAAGAUACGGACGUUGACUCCGAUGGCCAAAGAGAAUCUUGUGUUUGAGGCCCGGACGACACGACUGGCGAACCUGUACGGGAAAAUGCACAAGACGCUAUUCGACCGUCCUGAGAGCCCGCCGGGCUACUGGGACACCGACAUGCCUGGGACGCAGGAAGAGCAGGAAUACCGGGAGCGAGCCCGACGGCGAGAACGGGAGGAAGUCGUGAGAAGAUAUGAAGCAGCUAUGAAGGGGGAUGGGCGCUGGCUAUUCGCAGAUGAAUGA